AUGAUUGUCUCACGCAUGGUAUCCAUGUUCCUUCGCUUUGGCGAGCUGGUUUGCGCCGCCGUCGUCCUCGGCAUCGUUUCCCAUUUCCUCCAUCAAUAUGACCAUUUCGGAGUCGGCCCGUUGGGUCGCGAGAUCUACACCUGCGUCAUUUCUUCACUCUCAGUCCUAUUCUCGUUCCUAUGGUUGAUCCCUUCGACCAGCAGCUUCCUUCACUAUCCAUUUGAUCUGUUAUUAUCGGCGGCUUGGUUCGCUGCUUUUGGUGCCUUGGUCAACUGGAUUGAUAGGGUUAACUGCGGUGGCAUUUGGAACUGGGGUGGUAUUACUGCUCGUGGAUCUUACUGCGGUCAAUGGAAAGCUGCCGAGGCCUUCAGUUUUAUCGCAGCUUGCUUCUGGUUUUCCUCGUUCCUCUUGGGCGUCUAUGUGUACCAUAAGCUUUCACGCGAUCCUGUUGCUACUGAUGGAACUCGCCGCCGCCGCUGGCACCGUUCCCGUGUCUAG